CGGCACACGCGGAGCCGCUCUUCGGCGCAGUAUGGAGGAGGCGGCGGCGGCGGCGGCGGGUGAGGGCAAGGCGGGCCACGGCCGGAACGGCCAUGCCGAGGGCCCGGCGGCCGAGGAGCGGCGGGGCGGCGGGGCCCGGCUGCGGGGCUGCCGCGGGUUCCUGCGGCGCAACGCGCUGGUGCUGCUGACGGUGUCGGGGGUGGUGGCCGGCGUGGCGCUGGGGGCCGCCGUGCGCAGCGCGGCGCUCAGCCCGGCACAGGUCUCCUACCUGGCCUUCCCCGGGGAGCUGCUGCUGCGGAUGCUGCGCAUGGUGAUCCUGCCGCUCGUGAUCUGCAGCCUGGUAUCGGGCGCCGCCAGCCUGGACACCCGCUCGCUCGGCCGCCUGGGUGGCAUCGCGGUCGCUUAUUUCCUGGGCACCACGCUGCUCGCCUCAGGCCUCGCUGUCGCCCUCGGCUUCAUCAUUCGCCCCGGCGCCGGUGCCUCCGCGCUCAACACCCAGCUGGGGCUGCCGGGCGCGCUGCCCAAGAGCAAGGAGACGGUGGACUCCUUCCUCGACCUCAUCAGAAACCUGUUCCCUGCAAAUCUUGUUGCUGCAGCUUUUGAAACGUAUGCAACAGACUAUCAGCUGCUGCUCAGGAACACAACCUCUGGAAAUAUCACAUGGGAAAAGGUCCCUGUAGGUACUGAUAUCAGAGGGAUGAACAUCCUGGGACUGGUGCUGUUUGCUCUGGUUUUAGGAGUGGCACUGAAAAAGCUUGGCCCCGAGGGGGAGGAUCUGAUUCGCUUCUUUAACUCAUUCAAUGAGGCAACAAUGGUCUUGGUUACCUGGAUCAUGUGGUAUGUACCUAUUGGCAUUAUGUUCCUUGUUGGGAGCAAGAUUGUGGAAAUGGAAGAUAUUGUGCUUCUGGUGACCAGUCUGGGAAAAUACAUCUUUGCCUCUAUCCUGGGCCACGUCAUCCACGGAGGAAUCAUUCUGCCGCUUAUUUAUUUUGCAGCCACACGGCAAAAUCCAUAUCGUUUUCUCUUAGGACUUAUCACACCAUUUGCCACUGCCUUUGCCACUUGCUCCAGCUCAGCCACGCUCCCGUCCAUGAUCAAGUGUAUCGAGGAGAACAAUGGAGUUGACAAGAGGAUCAGCAGGUUUAUCCUUCCCAUUGGGGCCACUGUAAACAUGGAUGGAGCUGCUAUUUUCCAGUGCAUGGCAGCUGUGUUCAUUGCUCAGCUGAAUAAUGUCGACCUCAACCCUGGGCAGAUCUUCACAAUUCUUGUGACGGCCACGGCGUCCAGCGUGGGAGCAGCCGGGGUCCCUGCCGGAGGCGUCCUCACCAUCGCCAUCAUCCUGGAGGCCAUCGGGCUGCCCACCAACGACCUGUCCCUCAUACUGGCCGUGGACUGGAUCGUGGACCGAACCACCACAGUUGUGAAUGUGGAAGGGGAUGCCCUGGGAGCAGGCAUCCUUAAUUACCUGAAUGAAAAAGACAAGAAAGAGAGAGAGCAGGAGCUCAAGGAAGUCACCGUAGAAGCAGUUGCUAACAGCAAGUCUGAAGCAGAAACGUCACCUUUGGUAACCCACAAAAACCCAGUCUCCAACACAAGCAGCACAGCAGACCCUGACUCCAAGGAAUCAGUAUUGUGAACUCGAGGCCGCUCGUCAAGACCAGUCCUCAAGGUGGCCCAGGGACUUGGCAACGCACCCAGACCUUCGCAGUGCGACUGGGGGCUGGAUGGCUCUUGGAAGUGCUCAGUUCCAGUUUGCUUUGAAAUAUGCUGGCCUGGGGAAGGGGGAGGGAGGUGGGGUGGGCAGAGUAGGGGUGUUGAGGAGGAACACUCGCUUUAUAAUAGUAUUUUGAUAGUUUGUGUGUACAUGUAUGCGUGUUGUGCUACACACUUGUGUACAUGUACAUGAGAACUGCCAUCGAGGCUUCUGGUCUAACAAGACUUCCUUUAGUGAAGGCUCAGAUGGGUUGAAGAUAGGGAGGUAGACAAACCCAGUAUGUGCUUAUUGUAGGGAAAAAACUUUGCUGCUGUUUGAAUGGAGAAGCAGUCUAAAAACUCCAGAGUGGGUGAAAAUGUUGCUUAAAUUUGUUUUCUAGCGUGGAAACACUUACCAACCAUUACAGCCAUGAUAUGAAGCAACAUUUUUCUCCCACUCCCCUUCCUCUCAUGUUCUCCGAUCCAUUAAAAACCUUGAAUAUGUCCUUAAAACUAGCUGUUUUCUAUUUUUAAUUUUUUUUUGUUUCAUACCUAAAUUAAUAGUUCAUAGGGACUUGUUUCAUUCUCUCUCUACCUUGCAGCUCAUAGCAGCUUUCCUUGUUUAGUAGCUCCCAAACUGUGGGACCAAACAGAGGACAUCUUCGUGCAGAUCAAGGAUUGGUUUCCUCCUUUCUUCUAACCAAGCUGUUAAGGAAAAAAUCCAGAGGAAGAACAAAUUUUGUUAAAGUAAUCCCUUUGGAGCUGAAAAAAAUGUAGAGUCUGUUCCAGCAUUAGUAUGUCUGAAAGAGGCUUGCCUGUUAUAACAUCCAUAAAUCCAGAAGUCAGUUCCAUUCAUGAAAACACACAUGAUUCUCUGUUAGCAUGCCCCAUCCUGCUCAUGUUUAUUUAAUGGGGCAAUCAAAACAACUUUAGUCAUACUCUCUUUUCAGCAAAACUGAAUAGGGAAAGAAAAAUUCUGAACACACAUCAUGUGAAAACUGAUGACAGGCAACUCUGAGUCUUGGCUUGAAAGGGGAAGAGAAGAGAUGAGUUUAUAACCCCAGUGAUCUCUGUGUGGGAGAUGGCUACCUGUUCCUGGUAGGAGUUUGGUCCUGCCAUAGAUGUUUUUCUGGCAGCAGUUUAUUUGUAGUAAUUCUGGGUGGUGCUGGGCCAGGGUAAUGCUUUCAUGGCAGGUGGUAACCUUUGCUUGAAGCUCAGUGAAAUGCUUCUGGAUUCUUACUCCUUCUUUUUGCCUUUACUUUGUCCUUCCUGAAUUUACAUGCCAAACCUGAACAAAGUCUGGCAAACUCAUUACAAAGAUCCUGUUGCUUCAUCUUGGCUCUUUGGAUGCUAAUAGUUAGAAAAUUAUGACUAUGCAUGCCAAGAUUUGCCCGGACUUGUGAUAUUUUCCUUUGGCUGCUUCAACAAGAGAUUGCAUACUGUCCAUCUCCACACACAAUUAUAUAUUAAUUCAGGAAUAUAUAUUUACACUUAGCUUUGAUAUAACAUAAUGCUAAAGUCUCCCUUUUACUUUCUCCUCUCUUGGUUCAGAGGAAUCUAUCUUGGAAAGAUAUCAGCACUAGGAAGAGGCAACUCCAAUUCCAUAGCAGCAGCUGCCUUCCUUUGCAAAGCAUCUCUCCAGGUAGAGGGACACAAUUUUGCAGGAGGAUGCUCAGAGUGAGAUGUGGCCACCCCUGAGGGGGAGUGCUGUGAGUGUGUCAUGACUGGCUGGUUAAUCCAGUCACUGCAGCCAUGCAGACAAUCCAAGUAGGAAAGGAUUAGUCAGCCCUCUGGGAAACUGCAGGUGGAGUUUCUUCUUAACCAGUUUAUUUGUAACCAUGUCCACAAAAUUUGGUCAUUUCUUGGCUCACCUUCAAAAUGGAAGGAGACAAACACAGUUCUGUAGGGAUGUCUUUUCCCAGCAGAUCAACUUUGCAUUUCUUCUGUUAGAAUCAUCCCGACUCCUUUCAACUCAGGAAACCAAAAGCACAUUUUUAGGUCUAAGUAUCUCUUUGAAAUAUCUGAGUGCACCAGAACCCCAAAUACUUCGAUUUUAAAAUAGUGUAUGGAUGUCUAAAGGAAGCUGAAAAUUUUGACUGUCUCCUGUGGGCUGGGUUCUGUAGUUUAAUUUUAUCCCUCAUCAGACGUUUAGCUCCUGUGCUUUUGUGAGACCCCCUGGAAUACUGUGUACAGUUCUGAUGUUCCCAACAUAAGGAGGACAUGGAACUGUCAAGAGCAAGUCCAGAUGAGGGUCACAAAGAGGAUGGGAGCACACCCCCUGCAACGACAGGCUGGCAAAGUUGUUCGGCCCAGAGAAGAGAAGGUUGCAUUGCAACCUUCUGGUAUCUGCAGGGGGCCUACAGGGAGGCCAGAGAGGGGCUUUGUCAGGAAAUGUAGUGGUAGGACAAGGACCAAUGGAUACAAACUGAAAGAGAUGAAAUUUGCUGAGAUACUGGAACAGGUUGCCCAGGGAGAUUGUAGGUGCCCCAACCCUGACAGUGUUCAAAGCCAGGCUGGAUAAGGCCCUGAGUAACCUGGUCUAGUGGGAGGUGUCCCUGCACAUGUCAGGGGGAUUGUGACUGGUGGUUCUAUGCUGCUGUCCCUCGCUGUGACACAUGCAGCUAGGAUCAGCGCAUGAGGGCAGUACUAACCUGACAAUUCAUGAAGCAUCACAGCACCAUUUCAGAGAAGAAACCACAAUUUUAAUUUUUUUUCACCCUGAAGCUGUUGUUGCCCACAGGAAGAAGUACUGCCCUGGGCAAACCCAAAGGCUGGGCUUCCUUUCAAGGCACUACUUUGCCAUUGCCAUACGAUCCUUAUUCCCUAUGGUGCUGCAGCUGGAUCUUGCUUCAUCCUUGUAGCAGUGUGCCAUAGGCUGUGGCACAUUGUUUCUGACAGGGGAUCCCAGGAAAUGGAAAAUUGAAGCAAAUACCCCAGUAUUAGUAUUUUCCAAUAGCAAUGCAGAAGAUCAGUCUUCACUGAACACCUCUCCCAGUGCCCACUAUGGGUUGCCCUGUUUUGCAUCGAUGUGACUGUCCAUAUAAAGCUUGUUAAAGCAGUUGGAUUUAAGGAGGUCAAAUCAUUCUCAUAGCAGGAAUUUAAUCAAGGAAAUCUAAUACUACUGUUCUUGGAGACAGGUAUGAUAAGAUUUAUAUGAACCAUGAGUAUUUAGCUCUUAACCUGCCAGAAAUCUGUAGUCUUACAGAAGCCUUACUUUAGAGUUUAAAAUGUGCCAGGUCUUUUGUUAUUUGUGCACAACAAGAGGGAUCUAUGGAAGCAGUAGUGCUGGAUAAUUACUGCUUGUCAGAACAUCUUCUUGGUCAUUUUUUUAAUCAUUUGUGUCAGAAUUUACAUUUCUUGUUUUUCUGUGAUGUUCCCAUUCCUCACAAUAGCCAUGAUGCAUCCUAGAACUCUCUACCUAGAUUGUUUUCAUUAGGUAGGAAUAUGAAAGAUCCAGUAUUGCACUCUCCCAGACUGUAAAAAAUGUGGUGCAUUCCAACAACUGUCACUGUAAUGAUGUGGACCCUGAUGGUAAGCCUGAUGAGAUAGAAGACUUGACAUUUGCUCUAAGUGGUCAGGGUCUUCAGGCUGCUGGGAGAACAAUGAAAGAGCAGUUGAGGGAUGCACAUUUGAGAUGCUGUUCUUGACCUGCAGUGUAAUGUGUUAUACUAGGAGCUUCCUAUUCCAGGAGGCUGUGAGCUGAGAAGGUGCUCAGGAGCCUUGUGGGUGCAGCCAGGGGUACCUGCUCUGCUCUGCUCUCACCCAGGCACUCCACAAAUCUGGUGCCAGUGUGGUACUUAACUCCAAUGUCUCUUGACUGGACGUAUAUUUCUGUCCUCCUGGCAUAACUGUAAUUGGAAACCUUUAGUCAGUUGCUGCUUUUUUUUUUUUUUUUUAAGAGGAAAUAAAUUCCGUAUUGAAAAUACUAUUUUCAGAAAACACUAUUUUCUAUUUGAUUUUAGGUUGGGGUUUUUUUGUUGUUUUGUUUUGUUUUUUUUUUUCUGGAAGGUGCAAGUUCUCUCCUCAGCUCAUGUCCUGCCCUCUAGUACAGGAAUUGCUUUUUGAGAGAAAGAUAUGGAAAUUACGUGGUGUGUUUCUUGGGGUGUCCUGUGCAAGGCUAGGAGUUGGCCUCGAUAAUCCUCAUGGGUCCCUUCCAACUCAGUGGAUUCUAUGAAAUAUUGAAGAGUCUGCAAGCCUUUCUUUUCAGCGAAGUUUCUUUGACCAUUUUGCACCAUCUUUUAUUUCUUCUCUAGGAUUGACUUUUCACUCCAUGCUUAUUUAUCACUGCCUGAUCUCAUCCUGUUUCCUGGGAUACCCUAUGUUCUUUUUAUGUUUCAGUGGCUCAGGAAUAAAUGGAAGAGUGGACAGAGUUUUGAGGGCUCCUGUUUGCAUUCUGCCUUGCUCCUGUUCUGGACUCAGCAGAGGUUUGUGAGCCUUGGUAAUUUAGAGUUGCUCUGAGAGUGCCAAGCAGUAUCUGUCUCUCAUAUUGAGAAAGGUGCUUGUUCUGUGCUGUGAGAUGUGGGUGUAGAUGCCUGAAAAACUGUACUGAGCAGUGGAAGAUGCCAGGACUUGACUGCUUGUAGGAUAUUUUCAGUAAAGAACUUGUAUUCCAAAGAACUGAGCUUUAGCUGAGUCUUGGUGUUGGUAGUUGCUCUACAAGACUGGGUAAUUGCAAAGGGCUUCAACCCCUUCUGGGGAUGUCUCUUGCAGUCAGGAUGGCUUUUGUGUUGAGAAUGGACUAGAGCCAAUCCCAGGGCUUCCCCUGUCAGGAUGUGACAGAUGGGACAGUGUCCCUCAGAUAUAAGAGAUGUGGAGCCAGCCAAAGUACCACAUGGGUUGGUGAAACAAUCUCUGCUUUGUCUUUUCUGGGCAGCCCUGAGGAGGCAAUGGCCCUGAGGUGGUGAGAGACUGGGGGGAGGGUGUGAGGGGCAGACUUUCCUGCUGCUUGCUCUGUUCCCAUACUCUUCCCUGGGCAUUUCCUGUGACCAGUGCCAGAUAUGGACCUGACCCAGUGUCAUCAUUCCUAUUCUCCUGUGAUUCCUCCUUAUUCUGCAGCAAGAACAGUGAAAUCUGAGGUGUUUACACAGUUCCUCGUUCUGUCAAGUCAAAGUCCUGUCAUCUGUGACUGACCACCCAGCCAUAUUUUGUAGGUUGUGUCCUCAAGAGCUUACAAAAGGGCCAAAAUCACCACCUCUUCUGCAAAGACUUGCAGCAUUGGUCAGUAGUCUGGGCUGAAUCUUCACUCUGGUCCUCUGCUAACACAGAGCAUUUCUGCAGACACUGUAAAGCAUCAUCCUGUUGGAAAUGAUAAUUUUUUAAUCCUGACUCUUCCACAGGCAGUGAGCAGUGGGCCUCAGGUACCAAGUCAAAAGACCAAAAUACAAACUCUCACCAAAGAAAAAUUGUUACAUCUUCGCUGAUUUUAACAGAGCCUUGGCAGUUCAUAAUGACAGAGCUGCCUGUAGUGACUGACCUGGUGACAGAUGAACAGCACAGAAUUAGGCAGGUUGCGUAAGUCCUAUACCUGUGCUUCCUUUUCUGUAAAUUAGGUUUACAGAUACUUAGAUGUCUCUCACAGACCAUAGUGUGGAAGAUAGCGAGUUGCAAUAUUUGGAAAGCACUCUUAAGACACAGAGCAGUAAAUCUCGAAGAAUAAUGAACUUUUCAAAAAAUUUAAAGGAAUCAAGUAAUGAAAUUUUGCAGAGUUGCAUUGCGCUAGAGAAGGAAUGACUGAUGGAAAAGAGAUCAGGUGGAUGCAUUUGCUGGGCUAAUUCAGGAGGAGCUGGUGUCAGUGUGAGCUGCAGUUCAGAAAGGGGAUGUGACUUAGUCAAGGACAACACAAUGCCAUGUUCUAUCUGCCUCCUUCCAUCUCCACCUGACAUGCCAUGAAAGCUGAGGCUCAGGUAAAUUAACAGACAUCACCAUGGAUUCAACAUCUAAAUUGGGAGUCUUGACAGCUUAGCUCCUGACUAGUUUCAGUGGGAGAAAGAGCUUUUCAACUCAAAGAACAAGUUGUCUUGUUGUCAGUAUGGGUGACAAAGGUGGAGAAAAAGAAGGAAGAGCUGGAAGGCUGCAGAGGCACAGGGUAAGCAAGAGGAUAAAGAAGCAUCUUUUCCUUGGCAUUUUGAUAUGGAUAGGAUCAAAGAGGUUGCAGGCAUUUGUCUGGCACGUAGCAGAGACAACGCAAAUCCCUGCCUGCUGCUUGGGUGGGAUUUGCAGGGAGAGGCAGGAGUGCUCAGGUUUCUGAAAUGCAACAAGGCAGCAUGCAGAGGGCCAGCAUGGAGCUCUGAUAAGCUGCUGCUGGCCAUGACCAGCGGAACAGCAGUACAGUUCUGGAUCAGGGAUUGACCCACAUUCCUCCUUGCAGGAUAGCUAGGACAAAUGCUCCUCAGAUAAAUGCAUGGAGGCCAUUAUUCUCCAAGGACAAAGACCAACUUGUUAUCUAUGGGAGCAUAUUGAUGGAAGCCAUGCUCACUUGCUGCCUCAGUUUUCUGGCUGGAGGAAAAAGGAUCAUUUGACAAAUGAUCUAAAAUUUCUUCCAGACUUUGGGCAACACAUUGAGACAGUUGCCCCUGAAUAUUUUAACUCUGACAAUAAGUGAUCCAGAGCCUUAUUUGGCUCACGUAGGUCUUCGCAUCUGAGCACUGUCUUGGGAAGUUAAUGUUAACACAGAAUUAAUUCUCUGCAUGGGGUCUUUACAGGCAUUUGUGACCAGCAGGCAUCAGUUCACAUCUGCACAAGUGAAUGAAUACAGAAAAAGGUGAAAGAACUCUCUCUUGAGUCACAUGAAGAGUUGCCAAGCUGGCUAGGAGCAGACUCUGAGUCCCAAAGCCAGGUUCAUUGUUAGCUAACAACUAUCACUUCCUUAAAAGAAUCCACAUCUGAGGGCUUAUAAAUAUAUUUGAUUCCAUACAGAGAUUUUAAUAGGAGAGGGAAAAAAAAUCUUUCAUUCAAGAGUUCACAGGGUGGUUACUAAUCAAAUUAUAUCUCAGUGUCAGCAGAUGCAUCAUCCUUAACAGUUGUGAAAUCUCAUUUGGAUUUAACCUCAGAUCUUGGUGCCAGCAGGAGGUGAGGACUGUGGACAUUUCAACUGGCCCACAGCUUUUAUGUAAAAUCUUGCUCAAGAAACAUUUAUACUUGUCUCCCAAGGCCACAGAUAUUGCUUGCAAGGCAAGCAGGGCUACCAACAGGAACCAGUAUGAGGAAAUGGAUUUUGAGCCAACUCUGUUGUAAUACAAAGUUAACGGUGUGGUUUUAAGCCACAGAGACCAAGAAAUUUGGUCUUGGAUGUUCCUUAGGAUAGCUUUCACUUGCUCCUUCUGGUAAAACAACACUGAGAAAGUAAUGCUCUUCCUUGCCAAGCAUGCAUGUAGUAAUUGAAACUAAACUGCAUAUGGCAUGUGCGUGCAACUUAAUUGCAGUUACGUGUUACAGAAGGAAAUUACUGAGGGAACUCUUCUCUCAAAGAACUGUUUACAAUAACUGAAUCCCCCAGAUUACAUUCCCACAGGAAAAGUUGUGCUUAACCAUAAAAAAUACUCUAGAUAUUAACUGGUUUGGAUUGUAGCUUUUUUUAGAACCAGAAGGAACGCUGCAAAGAGGACAGGCCAGGGCCUUUACUGAUGUGCAUUGAUGUAAUUUCCUGAGCUUUCUGUGGUUUCUGGAUUUCUGAUGGAGAUAUCUCUGUAGGAGCAUAGAGGAAUGGUCUGGGCCUUUUAAGAUGAUCAUGAUCAACAAAGCAGCAGUAAAGCAAUGUUUUUAAAGCAAUCUUUCUUGGCUGUAACUAAAGGUAUUUUACGUGCUCAGAGUAUGCUUAUGAUGUGGUGCCUCUAAUAAAAAAGUGUUUUCCUAGUGGUUGGUGUUGAAGCAGAAGGAAACUUCCUCAUGUUUUGUUCAGUUUGCCUUCUCUGUAUCCCUCCUGCAGAGUCUGUUUGCUCCUUGGAGUCUGCCCAGAUCCCAGCAGGAUCAGGCUCCUAUAGUACAUAGAUCAAAUGUAAAGAUAUUCUGGCCCCAUCUGAGGCCAUGGACUGUUUCCUGUCCUGUUGGGAGGGGACAAAUACGUGUUUUCAGCUUCGGAGAGCGUCUGACUGAACAAACCUUGCUUCAUUAAGGCAAUACCUUAAUGACAUUUUACACUUAAUUAGUCAAAUAAUUGUGACCAAGGUGGCCCAGCUGUCGCUGCCUCCCUGCUCUACUCCACAACAGAUGCUCUGUUGACUUGUCUUCCCUGAAGGCCAUUGUGGGAAGACAUUAUGUGUUUCACACAUGUGUUUCACUUCAUGGUGUGUUUGCCAUCCAUGAGAAUUCCAUUCUUUUAAGGACACAAUCUUACUUAGACUUCCUCAGUUACUGUUCUGACUGCACUCUUGUAAGGUUGUGCUGUAUGGGAUGGAGAUCAUGUGUAGCACUGCAAAUAGCUGAGCAAACCUCUGCUCCUGAGCUGCUUCUUGGUUACAGCAAACUGAGACUGACUCACUCACACUUUGUGAGGGUGAAGACUUUGAUUAGAUUUUGAUUAAUCCCUCGGAUUCAGGGAUAGCAGGACCACCCCUGCACAUGAGGAGUCCCCUUCUGCCUUAUUAUCCUUAAAGGUGCCUUGUCCUGGCUCCCUUCAGGACAAAUUCCAAGUUGCUGUUUGGCUUUCAAAUAUAACUAUGCACCAAAGCUGAAAGACUCCAUUAUCCCUGGAGACAGGAGGGAAAAUGGGAUAUCCUGGUGUGAGACAAGGAAAAUGGUUUUCUUUUCUUUAUCCUGUGAGCUCUCUAGCAGCAAUCCUGAGGUGUGUAUGUGUGUGUGUGCUUUUAUUUCUAGCUGAACACAAAUUGCUCUGAUUAGGAGGAAGUAUUAUUGUAUUUUUAUAUGCUAAACCGUUUGAUUAAUUACUUUAAUAAAGAGAAAGAUGAACUCUGAAAUUCACUGCCAUCUACUCCAGUACAGUCCAGUAUCAGUGAUACAAAUGUAUCUGCCUUGUGCUUAGAGUGUCCGCUCCUUCCAAGAGAUGUUUGUGCCAUGUGGGUGUGUUGAUCCUUGUGCCCAUCAGUAGCUGUUCCUCUUUCAAAGCUGUGGGUUUCUCCCAUGUGACUCUGUAUCAGCCUUUCCAUUGUCUGCCAAGAACAGAUGUAUGUGCACAUAUGCAAAGACAAGACCAUACCGCUGUGUCUUGGGAUGUGUGACCCUGAGGCAGAUGUUACAGAUGUUUGUUGUGUGCUGUACCCUUUGGAGUAAGGACUCCCUGCCUACCUGGGGAGCAACCAGUCCUGUGGCUCAGGUUGGGAUGGUUUGUUGUAUUAGGAGGGUGACACAAUGGGAUACUCUUUUUCCUUUCUCUCAUGGAAAUGUAUAUUUGUUCUCUCUUUGUGUAGCUUCUCAAUCUAAAAUAAAACCCACCCCAAACAGAA